AUGGAGAAAAAAAUGAGAGGAGCAAAUAGUGUUGCCAUUAAAGCCCUAAUAUGGUGCCUUGUAUUGCAAGGUAUCAUAUUCCAAGGGAAUUCGAUUGUGGGAGACGUGGGUUUCACGUUAGUGAUGAAGAACGAAAUGUAUGGUUUGGAACGUCCAUCGGUUCUCUACCGGUGCAAGUCGUCUGGCAAAUCCCUUCGGUGGCACAUAUCGACUCCCCACGCGGAAUUUGCAUGGGAUUUCGAAGUCCCGCCAUUUGGAACCGGCGUGGUGAUCCACCGUUGCGAAUUCCGGUCGAGCCAAGGGACAGCGGAAAUUGAGAUCAAGACGUUGUCGAUGACAUCGAUGUUGUGCGGAGGUCAUACGUGUUCAUACGUCAUUAGGCCGGAUGGUGUAUACUUUGUUGGCUUUGAGACCUAUUACCCGCACAAUAUUUUGUUAAGAUUUCUCGAGUUGGUGAGGCCGGUUGACAAGCUUGUCGAGCCAUGGAAGGCGUGGUCCCCGACGCAGCUAAAAGCUUUACGGGAACGCAACAUCACCAGAUCACUAGGCAACGCCCCCAGGUCAGAAAAUGACAAAGAUGUUGAACACGAGAAAGACGACGAUUAG